AAAGCACUUUUUUAAAAAGAACAGCAUAGUAUAUAUUUCUUUUGGACUUUAAGAAUAUAGCGUAGCAUAUAUUCACCAAAUGAUAAGUUUGGUAAUACAAAUCUUGGAAAUCAUUUAGCACGUGCGCGGAAGGAUAUACGUUUUCCAUCGAUGAACGUUUCCCGCGCAAAAGAAGACAGGCGGUGAAUAAAGGUGUGAUCGAGCGAUCUGUGUAUACGGAUUCGGAGUUGUAUUCUUAAAAAAAAAAAAGAAAAACAACUCCAAGGAUUCACCAUACCUUCUUCAAUAGAUCUGGAUUACAGAAUGGCAUUUUAUCAUCGGAAUGGAGAAAGAAAGAGAAUUGCACAUGAUUUUCGACGGCAGGAAGAAGAAGUUGUCGGCAGCUUGUGCAGGCUAGGCAACCGCCCUAUAUCUCCAAAGAGCCUACUGGAGCAAGAAAAGAGGAUACGAAGAGAAAUUGCUAAUAGCAAUGAGAGGCGGCGGAUGCAGAGCAUUAAUGCUGGAUUCCAGGCCUUGCGAUCUCUUUUACCACAUCGCGAAGGCGAGAAGUUAAGCAAGGUAAAAACAAAAAUUUUUAGGAAUUGUGGUGGAAG